CAGGAAGUGGGGGCGCGGCAGAGAGAGCGGAGCCUGAGCAAGAGGCAGAGGGACCGGCAGGGACAGUCUGUGAGCGAGCAGUUGCAGCAAAAUGUCGAUUGAGAAGAUCCAUGCCCGGGAGAUCCUGGAUUCCAGGGGGAAUCCCACUGUGGAAGUGGAUCUCUACACGGCCAAAGGUCAUUUCCGAGCAGCUGUACCCAGUGGGGCCUCCACAGGGAUUCAUGAAGCUCUGGAGCUUCGCGAUGGAGACAAGUCCAGGUACCUGGGCAAAGGGGUACUGUCUGCUGUUGAACACAUCAAUAAAAGCAUUGGCCCAGAACUGAUUAGCAAGAAACUGAGUGUAGUUGAACAGGAGAAGAUCGAUAAUCUGAUGUUGGAGCUGGAUGGAACUGCUAAUAAAUCUAAGUUUGGUGCCAAUGCCAUUCUGGGUGUCUCCCUGGCAGUUUGCAAAGCUGGUGCUAAGGAGAAGGGGGUCCCCCUGUAUCGUCAUAUUGCUGACCUUGCUGGCAACAAGGACCUUAUCCUCCCAGUCCCGGCCUUCAAUGUGAUUAAUGGGGGAUCCCAUGCUGGGAACAAGCUGGCCAUGCAGGAGUUUAUGAUCCUGCCCGUGGGUGCCACCAACUUUAAGGAGGCCAUGCGGAUUGGAGCAGAGGUCUACCACAACCUGAAGAACGUCAUCAAGGCCAAGUAUGGGAAGGAUGCCACCAAUGUGGGUGACGAGGGAGGAUUUGCCCCCAACAUCCUGGAGAACAAUGAAGCUCUGGAGUUGCUGAAGACUGCAAUUGAAAAGGCCGGUUAUACCGACAAGAUUAUCAUUGGAAUGGACGUGGCAGCUUCGGAGUUCUGUCGCCAAGGCCAGUAUGACCUGGACUUCAAGUCUCCUGAUGACCCCAGCCGCUACAUCUCCGGGGAGAAGCUGGGCGAACUGUACAAAAGUUUCAUCGCUAACUACCCUGUUAUGUCCAUUGAGGAUCCCUUUGACCAGGAUGACUGGGAGAACUGGUCCAAAUUCACUGACAGUGUCUCCAUCCAGAUUGUGGGAGAUGACCUGACAGUUACAAACCCCAAACGCAUCCAGACAGCAGUGGAUAAGAAAGCCUGCAACUGUCUCUUGCUGAAGGUCAAUCAGAUCGGAACUGUCACCGAAUCCAUCAAGGCCUGUAAGUUGGCUCAGACAAAUGGCUGGGGAGUGAUGGUGAGUCACCGUUCUGGGGAGACAGAGGAUCCUUUCAUCGCUGAUCUGGUUGUAGGUCUCUGCACUGGUCAGAUAAAGACAGGAGCUCCAUGUCGCUCUGAACGUCUGGCCAAGUACAACCAGUUGAUGAGGAUUGAGGAGGAGCUGGGAGACAAAGCCAAGUUUGCUGGCCGCAACUUCCGGAAACCACUGUGAAACCCAGACCUGCUUCCCCAGGAGACGUAGGGAGCAUCAUCACAGCACCUGGCCAACACGUCCUCUUGCUCUGAUCUCCUGAAAACUGCUCUCUCUCAUUCACCAUCACCAGUUGUCUCCUCUCCACCUGUCUUGUGGCUCCCUCGCAAGGCUUUCAGCCGAACCUAGAUGUUGCUUUGGAAUCAGGAUGUGAUGUGUUGGUGAAUAAAGUGCUCAUGUCGCUCA